GAAAACAAGAGCUCUCUCGCUCGCACCUUUGCAUACAUACUGUACUUGGUCUACCACCCUGCAAAACGACGAGCAACACGGACACGCAGGCCUCGCUUGUCACUACUCUUUGGAAGUUUGUUUACCUCAACUCAGUUGCCCCCGAAAAAAGCAGCCGCAAUGGAAAAAGGCCACUUCGACACUCCGCAUGCCAGCGGGCCUCUGACCGACGAGCAGCGGUUGGAGCAGCUGGGUUACAAGCAGGAAUUGCGCCGCGAACUGUCCAGCUUCACCAACUUUGCCUUUUCCUUUUCAAUUAUCAGUAUCCUCACCGGGCUCAAUGGACUGUACAUGUAUGGCUUCAACACUGGCGGUCCCGCAACCAUCAUCUGGGGCUGGCCAGUAGUCUCCUUCUUCACCCUCCUCGUCGGUCUCGCAAUGGCCGAGAUAUGUUCCAGCUUUCCAACAUCCGGGGGAUUAUACUACUGGUCGGCUCAAUUGAGUGGGCCAAAGUAUGCCCCAUUAGCCAGUUGGGUGACUGGCUGGUUUAAUUUGAUUGGGCAGAUUGCUUGUACGAGUGGUAUUAUUUUUGCAAAUGCGGCGGUGGUUUUGCAGGUGGUCGCGUUGAAUAGGGAGGAGUUUGUACCCGAGCCAUACCACCAAGUACUAGUCUGCGCCGCGAUCCUAAUCGUACACGGCCUGCUCAACACGUUCGCCGUCAAACUCGUCAACCAGCUAAACUACGUCUCCGUCUGGUGGCACAUUCUCGGCACCAUCACAAUCGUCGCCGUCAUCCUCGCCCUCGCCCCCACCCACCAAUCCGCCACUUACGUCUUUACCACCUACCGCGACGCCACCGGCGGCUGGGGCGACGUCGCUGGGCGCGGCUACGUCAUCCUCAUCGGUUUGCUUACCGCUCAAUUCACCAUGACCGGCUACGACGCCUCCGCACAUAUGACCGAGGAGACCAAAAACGCCGCCAUCUCCGGACCAGUGGGGAUUGUGAUGUCCAUUGUCGUAUCGUUUGUGGUGGGAUGGUUUUAUUUGAUUGGGUUGACGUUCAGUAUCCAGAAUGAGGGCGCGGUGGGCGGGGAGGACGGCAGUGUGGGGGGUGUUAUGCAGAUCUUUUUGGAUACGACCGGGACGAGGGGCGCGACGCUUUUGGGGUGUGUGGUGCUCGGCGCGAUGUUUUGGUGUGGGAUGAGUUCCGUCACGUCCAAUUCUCGAAUGAUCUAUGCCUUUACGAGGGACGGGGCGCUUCCGUUUUCCUCGUACCUCCACAUCAUCAACCCGUCCACACACACCCCCGUCCGCGCCGUCUGGCUCUCCACCGUCCUCUCCCUCGUCCUAAUCCUUCCCAUCCUCGGCAACUCCACCGCCUUCGCCGCCAUCACAUCCAUUGCGACCAUCGGGCUGUACGUCUCGUACGCCAUCCCCGUUUUCCUGAGAUUGACCCUGGGGAGACAUACGUUCAGGAAGGGACCGGUGCAUCUUGGGAAGUGGAGUAAGGUGGUCGGGUGGACGGCCGUGUGCUGGACGGCGCUGAUCACGGUGUUGUUUGUGUUGCCGACUGGGUACCCUGUCACGGCACAGAAUAUGAAUUACGCGGUGGUGAUGUUGGGCUUCGUACUCGUGCUUUCAAUGGGCUGGUGGAUUGUGGAUGCGAGGAAAUGGUUCAAGGGCCCGAAGAUUGCGGCGUUUGCACCCGCGUCCGCACCCCCGGGGGUGGUUGAUCGGGACGCGACGGAGAUUGCGUUGUGAACGAGAGAGGCGGCGUAUGUGCGGGAUUUUGAGUGAGGGAGUGAGGGAGAGGAUUGUAGAACACUUUUUCUGUUUUUGUUUUUUUUUUCCCCGCGGGUUCGGGGUGGAUGUUUUUGGGUUUUGGGACUGUGAGCUUUUUUUUUUUUGCUUUUGUUUUGUUGUAUGGGCUUUUUUGAGCGGGAUUGAUAUCCGACUAUAUUGUGGACUUUGUACGAACAAUCGCAGUUUCAUCGAGGAGGGAUAUGUUGCGGGUUAUAUGAUGUUGCGCUAUG